CGCACCGCCUCGACAAACGUCAAGUUGCCUACUGGAAGCACUGAACUAUCUCUGAAGAGAGAAUCAUGAGCGAGAGACAAGGAUCUGGACCAGCAACCGGGAACAGCAAAACCUCUGGUGGACAAGAUAUGUCCAAGAAGGAAAUUCCGGCCGACGACUUUGACAUUGACAUGGGUGCUCCAGAGACCGAGAAGGCCGCUGUUGCCAUCCAGUCGCAGUUCAGAAAGUACCAGAAGAAGAAGCAGGAAGUGAAGUCCUAGGCCACACUGGUUCCACUGGGCCUCCAGACAGGCUCGCCAUGAGGGCUUGGUGUUGCAUGUCAAACAAAUCGUACUGUUUUGGACUCGAGGUUGGGGGAUGGGGC